UUUUACCAAGAAUGACAUUUAAUUUUUUGUUUUGCUUAUCUCUUUAUUCUUAAAAAAAUGAUUAAACUCUAUUAAGUAUUAAACGGUUUGAAAAAAUGGAGUGGCGAAUGAUUUAUGUCACAGUUGGUACAACCAGAUUCGAAGAUCUUGUUAAAGCGAUUGUUUCUGAUCCCAUUUUGCGCAUAUUAAAACAAAGAGGAUGCCGGAAAUUGGUCAUACAAUAUGGCCAUGGAAGACCGGUGAAAAACACUGGUAGAAUACUUGAAGAAUAUGGUAUAACACUGGAGCAAUAUGACUUUAAGCUUGAAACACCAAGGUCGGAUAUGGUACUGGCGAAUUUGGUAAUAGGGCAUGCCGGCGCUGGUACUUGCAUGGAUAUAUUAAAUCAUAAUCGGGCGGGUAUUAUAGUGAUUAACGACAGUUUAAUGGACAAUCACCAAUUAGAAUUAGCGCAGCAACUUAGCGAGGAAGGUUACUUUUAUUAUUGCAAUGUGGAGGGCCUUGCCGACACAUUGCAACAAGCAAAUUUGUCUUUUUUAAAGCCAUAUGAUAAGAGUAACAAUAUGCAUCGCUUUGUGAGAUGUAUGAAUGAGUUAAUGACUCCUUAAAUUUUAGAUGUUACUCAAAAAGACUCGAU